AUGGGCGAGGAAUCUCUGUCGGCGGUUGCCAAUCCCAUCUUCAAGGCAAUCGAGUCGAACCUGGGCCAUGCCCAGAACACGACGCUAGCACCGACAGUGCCUCCAGAGAUCCACACGAACUUCAAAUUUCCAACGAUUCCAUAUGGAGCUGAGACCACCAUCAUUCCAGUGGCGAUUCCGGUAUUCAGGCAUGGUAAGAAGGAGGCAGCAGUGCAGAAACUGGAGGUCUUCGCUGUCUUCUUCUUGGCCAUUGCCAUGUGGGUGCUCCCCUUCGUGUUGAUCAACCGCGGCAUUUGCUGCAGAUGCUUUCAGCGCUGGCUGUCCCGGCAUCUCAGCUGUUAUUGCUUCCUUGGCUUCCUGUUCGUCAUAAGCGCGGUGGGCAUCAUGAUCGCCAAAGAGCCGGACGUGAAUGCCAAUGAUGUGUUCUUCGCCUUCGCCGCGGCCCUAUGCGAUUUGAUCGCUUCGCCCCUGAGUAUAUUUCUUAAUGCCUACUAA